AUGAACUCGUCGACACAUACUAUAGAUCCGGACGGUGAAGUGAUCAUAAUAUUGCUCAAUGCAAACAGUCCUUUUGCACAACUGGAUGAAGUUCCAGUUACCAUUCAAGACUCUGGCAUUGUUCCGUCGGAAUGUGAUAACGCUCAAAGUCCGGAAGUGACCGAGGUUUCGAACCCCUCUUCCGAUCAGUCAAAGCUGACUGCCAAGCAAAAGAAGGCGCUGAAAAAGAAUAAAAAAAAGUCUGGUAUGAUUUUGACCGCUCUGGAGUGCACAUCAUCAAAGCUUGCUGCUGAAAAAAUUGUUGCCGAAGCAUACCCUGCCGAGCCAUACCCUGCCGAAGCAUACCCAGAGGAGGCACCACUUGACGAAACAUAUUCUGCCGAGGAACCAUACCCAGAGGAAAGACCUGCUGUUGAAGCAACUGUUCCCGAAGCAUACCCCGUCAAAGAUCCCGCGCCUGUUGAGGCUGAACCCGAAGGGCAUUCCGCUGAACUACCGGGGGAAACUUGCUUCCGUAUUCAGGUCUCUGCAAAGCAUUUGAUGUUUGCCUCGCCGGUCUUCAAAAAGAUACUGACCGGUGGUUGGAAAGAAAGCAUUACUUUUUUUCAAAAGGGCUCAGUUGAGAUCACAGCAGAGACCUGGGAUAUUGAAGCACUUGUCAUUGUACUUCGCGCUAUCCAUGGUCAACACCACCUCAUACCCCAAAAACUAACCCUGGAGAUGCUUGCCAAAGUUGCUGUGAUAGCAGACUAUUAUGAAUGCAAGAAUGCUUUGUACCUCUUGACAGAUAUGUGGAUCAAGAACAUGGAAGAGACGCUUUCUCCUGCGGGUUCUCGGGAUUUGAUUCUAUGGCUAUGGAUUGCCUGGUUCUUUCAACUGCCUACCCAGUUCGAAUCGUCAACUUCCAUAGCCAUGUCACAAAGCGCCGAUUGCAUUGAUACUUUGGGACUUCCGAUUCCAGACAGCGUCAUAGGCUCAAUGAAUGAAUGUAGAGAGGAGGCUAUCAACAGCUUGAUUGUCCUUCUACAUGAAACACGCGAUGCCUUUUUGAACAGCACUCGGGGAUGUAAUUUUGAAUGUCGCUCAAUCAUGUUUGGGGCUCUUACUAUACAGAUGCAGUCAAGCAAACUGCUUCUGCCAAAGUCUGAGACUCCUUUUCCGGGCUUGACUUACAACUGUCUUGUGCAGAAGAUAUCAACGUUCACAUCGCCAAAAUGGUCUAGCUUUUAUCGUUACAACUAUCAGCACAACUGCUCUGAACACUACUGCUCUGACGCCUCCUUCAAAUCGAUAUUCGAGGAAUUGAAGGGUUCUCUUGAGGGUUUGAAACUGGAGAGAUUCACUAGUUCAUGA